UUUUUAUUAACAAGACCAAGACUUGGGUCAACUCCGUGACAUUUAAUUACCCAUGGCUAAUCCGUGUCUUUCAAAAUCCCCCACUAAAAUGGCCCUGAAAUCAAAACCUUUACAUCUCCUUUUAGCCCAAAAGCUUCUCCUACUCUUUGUUACCACCAAUAUCUAUGCCGAAAAUGACCCCCUUCUGAUAUACUGCCCCCAUGUCACUAACUAUACUAACACUAGUCCCUUCAAGGCCAAUCUGGACCUCCUCCUCUCUGACCUUGUCUCCUCUGUCCCCAAGUCCCCUUCUCUCUUCUCCAACUCCUCUUUUGGCACUGCCUAUGGCCUGGCCCAGUGCCAUCCUGACAACAGCCCAUCCGCCUGUGCCAACUGCCUCAACCACUCGGCCACUGCUUUCUCCAUCCUCUGCCCAUUCGCCCGCUCAGCCGCACUCCGUUUCGACCUCUGCCUUCUCCGCUACUCUGACACCUCCUUCUUCUCCUCUCUCGACGUCACAUCCUUCAAAGUUCUCUCCAGCGCCUCCCAUCUUACAGUCUCCAACGCCGAGUUGCAAGACCUGAUUUACGAGACCAGGUCCAAGACCUCGACCACAGAAUCCAAGUUCGGUGCCACGAUAAAGAAUCUCUCCCAUUCCAGGGUUGCUUCCGCAACAGCCGACUGCACUCGCGACCUUUCCGACGAUGACUGCAUGAUUUGUUUGAAUCAGGCUGUUGGGAUUUUGCUUAGCGAUGGCGACAGUAACCCAUUGGCAUGUCAGGUUGUCGGGCUGAGUUGUGCUUUAGCGUACGUCGUCCGUUCUUCAACAGUAGCCACUGGCGUUAGCGACCCAACUGGAAAUAAGGGUAACAAAUAAAUUAGAUGAAAAUGAUACCUAACUCUAUUACAAGACAAAGGUUAAAGGAUUAGAUAAGAGAGAUAUUUGCUAGGGGUGAAACAUAGAUGAGAUGAGAAAUCAAACUACUCUUUCUGACCUUUUUUUUAGUAGAAAAAUAAAACUUAUUUUAUAAAUUUUAUAAAAAUAACAAAUUAACUGGUAAUCACUGCCUGUAUAGUGGAUUGUCACAUAAUAGCUGGUGAAUUAGGAUAGAGUUGAAACCCUAUAUUGCUGUAUUGCAGU